AUGCAAUCUCGCCCACACGAGCUCCCUUCCCAACUCGCUGAGAUAGUCUUCAUCCUGCUGUGCGCCUCGAGCCAGCUCCUCUUUGCGACCUUCUUCGGGGACGUCGCCAUUCUACAGACGGUGUUGAGCGAGCGGCUUCAUAUCGCCGAACCGCAGCUUCCCUGGAUCCAGGGGGCGUACACGCUUGCCAAUGGGCUGGCGGUCAUCAUUUCCGGGUCGCUGGCGGACUUGACUAGGCCGAGGUGGAUGAUCAAUGGGUCGCUGCUUUGGCUCGUGUUCUGGAAUUUGGUGGGCGGGGUCAGCUUGCUGAGACGGGUAGCUAUCCUCUUCUUUGUCACUCGAGCAAUGCAAGGGGCGGCGAUUGGGGUGUUGGUUUCGACGUCCAUUUCGAUGCUGGGGCGCAUCUACCAGCCGGGGAGGAGGAAGAAUAUCGCCUUUAGCAGUAUGGCUUCCACGGCGCCGCUGGGAUUUUGGGUCGGGGCGAUGCAGGGAGGCGCUCUCGCGUCUCACUCGGACUGGGUCUUUUGGAGCAAUGCGCUGGUCUGCGCAAUGCUCUGCGCAUGCAGCUGGCACUAUCUGCCUGACCUCAAAGCCUCACCCGUCUCGACGAGCGGGCAAGUCCUCUCGAUCAAGUCCUUCGACUUCGUAGGCGCAGGCCUCGCCUUAGCCGGGUCAGGCUGUCUCGUCUUUGGAUUGACCGAGGGCACCCCCUCGGGAUGGGCGCCGUACUCCAUCGUCGUCGCCGUGCUGGGUGUGGUAAUGCUCGCCGCACUAGGCUACAUAGAGAGAAAGGUCGCCCGCCCUCUAAUUCCGGCCUCCCUCUGGCGCACACCGGGCUUCGCAUGGCUUACCGUAGCCUAUGCGCUCGGUAUCGGUUCGUAUCUGGCCUGGCAGUUCUAUGCGCUACGCUUCUUCCUCACGAUCCAAGAGGCCACCCCUCUCACCACGGCGCUGUACGUCCUCCCCAACGCCAUCGUCGGCGUCCUAGCCGCAGCGAUGGUAAGCCGCGUCUUCCACAUCAUGCCGGCGCACUGGCUCUUUGUCACCUCCCUCGUAGCCUUUGCGCUAGGUCCCGUCUUUUUUAUCCCGCAGACGGCUCGCACAACGUACUGGGCGCUGUCCAUGCCCGGUAUAGCUCUUGUGACUCUAGGCCCCGACUUGAGCUUUGCGGCUGCUUCGAUAUUCGUCACCUCACAAGUUCCACGCUCCUACCAAGGAUCGGCGGGGAGUCUCCUCGUCACGCUGCAGAAUAUCUCGGCCGCUGUACUCACGAGCGUGUCGGAUGCCAUUGGAGCAGCCGUCACCCAAAAGGGCAGCAGCGGAGGUGACGUUGUGACGGGCGUGGACCUUGCUGGCCUUCGGGCCAUCUGGUGGUUCAACUUCGCUGCGGCCAUCUGCGGGGCGAUUAUUUGCGCCAUCUUCGUCAGGAUACCCAAGAGCGAGGAGAAGGAGCAUAUGACGUGA